GCGACAGCCACAGCGUCCGAGGAUGGAGAACUUAAUAAGGGGAAGGAAUCCCCCACAAUAUCAGAGAAGCCCUUGUAAAGAAGUUCGUGCAGCCCUUCGGAAGAGGCCUGAAGAGGAGUUGCAGUGCCUGGAGAUGACCACCAAGCGGAAAAUCAUCGGCCGUCUGGUGCCGUGCCGAUGUUUCCGAGGUGAAGAAGAAAUCAUCUCAGUUUUAGAUUACUCCCACUGCAGCCUUCAGCAGGUGCCAAAGGAGGUCUUUAACUUUGAACGGACAUUAGAGGAACUUUACCUAGAUGCCAAUCAAAUUGAAGAGCUACCAAAGCAAUUGUUCAACUGUCAAGCUCUAAGAAAACUAAGUAUUCCUGACAAUGACCUUUCAAAUCUGCCAACCACUAUUGCUAGUUUAGUUAACCUUAAAGAACUCGACAUCAGUAAAAAUGGUGUACAAGAAUUUCCAGAAAACAUAAAGUGCUGUAAGUGUUUAACAAUUAUUGAAGCCAGUGUCAAUCCAAUUUCUAAACUCCCUGAUGGCUUCACACAGCUUCUAAACCUGACCCAGCUCUACCUGAAUGAUGCCUUUCUUGAAUUUCUUCCAGCCAAUUUUGGAAGACUUGCCAAAUUGCGGAUAUUGGAGUUAAGAGAAAAUCACUUGAAAACUCUACCAAAGUCAAUGCACAAACUGGCCCAGUUGGAAAGACUUGACCUAGGCAAUAAUGAAUUCAGUGAGCUGCCUGAAGUUAUGGAUCAAAUACAAAAUUUAAGGGAGCUGUGGAUGGAUAAUAAUGCAUUGCAAGUGCUACCUGGGUCUAUAGGGAAGUUAAAGACGUUGGUAUACCUGGAUAUGUCAAAAAACAGAAUAGAAACGGUUGACAUGGACAUUUCUGGAUGUGAAGCCCUGGAGGACCUCUUAUUGUCAUCCAAUAUGUUGCAACAGUUGCCUGACUCUAUAGGUUUGUUGAAAAAACUAACUACUCUAAAAGUAGAUGACAAUCAACUUACAAUGCUACCCAAUACAAUCGGAAAUUUAUCUUUAUUAGAAGAAUUUGACUGUAGCUGUAAUGAACUGGAGUCACUACCUUCUACUAUUGGCUACCUUCACAGUCUUCGAACAUUAGCAGUCGAUGAGAAUUUCCUUCCAGAAUUACCCAGAGAAAUUGGAAGCUGUAAGAAUGUAACAGUUAUGUCUCUACGCUCCAAUAAACUGGAAUUUCUUCCUGAAGAGAUUGGACAGAUGCAGAAACUAAGAGUCUUAAAUUUGAGUGACAACAGAUUGAAGAAUUUACCAUUCUCAUUUACCAAACUUAAGGAGCUUGCAGCUUUGUGGCUUUCUGACAAUCAGUCCAAAGCCCUUAUCCCUUUACAAACUGAAGCCCAUCCAGAAACAAAGCAAAGAGUAUUGACUAACUACAUGUUUCCACAGCAACCUCGUGGUGAUGAAGAUUUCCAGUCAGACAGUGACAGCUUUAACCCUACACUGUGGGAAGAACAGAGACAACAACGCAUGACUGUUGCCUUUGAAUUUGAAGAAAAAAAGGAAGAUGACGAAAAUGCUGGGAAAGUUAAGGAUCACUCCUGCCAAGCCCCCUGGGAAAGGGGCCAGCGUGGGAUUACUCUCCAACCUGCCAGACUGUCUGGCGAUUGCUGCACACCAUGGGCCAGGUGUGAUCAGCAGAUCCAAGAUAUGCCCGUCCCCCAGAAUGACCCACAGCUGGCAUGGGGUUGUAUAAGUGGCCUCCAGCAGGAAAGGAGCAUGUGUACUCCAUUGCCAGUUGCAGCACAAUCCACCACUCUUCCCUCUCUAAGUGGCAGACAGGUUGAAAUAAACCUAAAACGAUAUCCAACUCCUUACCCAGAGGAUUUAAAGAAUAUGGUAAAAUCUGUUCAAAAUCUGGUGGGUAAGCCAAGCCAUGGAGUGCGUGUUGAGAAUUCAAAUCCAACUGCUAACACGGAGCAAACUGUGAAAGAAAAAUACGAACACAAGUGGCCUGUAGCCCCAAAGGAGAUUACAGUGGAGGAUUCUUUUGUUCAUCCAGCUAAUGAAAUGAGGAUUGGGGAACUUCACCCUUCAUUAGCUGAGACCCCUCUGUACCCACCCAAACUUGUUCUGCUAGGGAAGGACAAAAAAGAAUCAACCGAUGAGUCUGAAGUUGACAAAACUCACUGUCUGAAUAACAGUGUUUCCUCAGGCACUUACUCAGACUACUCGCCUUCCCAGGCUUCCUCAGGAUCCUCUAACACCCGGGUUAAAGUGGGGUCCUUGCAGACAACAGCUAAAGAGGCAGUACAUAAUUCUUUGUGGGGUAACAGGAUUGCACAAUCUUUCCCACAGCCUCUUGAUGCAAAGCCAUUGCUCAGCCAGCGGGAGGCUGUCCCCCCAGGGAAUCUACCACAGCGUCCUGACCGGCUGCCAUUGAGUGACACUUUCACUGACAACUGGACUGAUGGCUCACAUUAUGAUAACACAGGGUUUGUUGCAGAGGAAACCACAGGCGAGAAUGCCAACAAUAAUCCUCUCCUGAGUUCAAAAUCUAGAAGCACAUCUUCUCAUGGACGCAGGCCUUUGAUUAGGCAGGAUAGGAUUGUUGGUGUUCCCCUGGAACUUGAGCAGUCUACACACAGACACACACCAGAAACAGAAGUGCCUCCUUCCAAUCCUUGGCAGAAUUGGACCAGAACCCCUAGUCCUUUUGAAGACAGGACUGCUUUCCCUUCCAAAUUAGAGACAACCCCAACCACCAGCCCAUUGCCUGAAAGGAAAGAACAUAUAAAAGAAUCUGCUGAAAUACCUAGUCCUUUUUCUCCAGGAGUACCGUGGGAGUAUCAUGAUUCUAAUCCCAACAGGAGUCUCAGUAAUGUCUUUUCUCAAAUCCACUGCCGCCCAGAAUCUUCUAAAGGUGUUAUUUCGAUUAGCAAAAGCACAGAGAGGCUUUCCCCACUCAUGAAAGACAUCAAGUCCAAUAAAUUCAAGAAGUCACAGAGUAUCGAUGAGAUUGACAUUGGUACAUACAAGGUUUAUAAUAUACCAUUAGAAAACUAUGCUUCUGGGAGUGAUCACUUAGGAAGUCACGAACGACCUGACAAAAUGUUAGGACCAGAGCAUUGUAUGUCCAGUAUGUCCCGAAGCCAGUCAGUCCCGAUGCUGGAUGACGAGAUGCUCACUUAUGGAAGUAGUAAAGGGCCACAACAACAAAAAGCUUCCAUGACAAAAAAAGUCUAUCAAUUUGACCAAAGCUUCAAUCCCCAAGGAGCAGUGGAAGUUAAAGCUGAAAAGAGGAUACCGCCCCCGUUUCAACACAAUGCUGAGUACGUGCAACAGCCGGGAAAAAACAUCACCAAGGAUUUGGUUAGUCCUAGAGCUUACAGAGGAUACCCACCGAUGGAGCAAAUAUUUUCAUUUUCUCAGCCAUCUGUUAAUGAGGAUGCUGUGGUAAAUGCCCAGUUUGCAAGCCAAGGUGCCAGGCCAGGCUUCUUGAGAAGAGCUGACUCCCUGGCGAGUUCCACAGAAAUGGCCAUGUUUAGAAGGGUCAGUGAACCUCAUGAGCUGCCUCCGAAUGAUAGGUACGGCAGACCUCCAUAUAGGGGAGGUCUGGAUCGCCAAAGCAGCGUUUCAGUGACUGAGUCCCAGUUCCUGAAAAGGAAUGGCAGGUAUGAAGAUGAACACCCUUCAUAUCAAGAAGUGAAAGCUCAGGCGGGAAGUUUUCCAGUUAAAAACCUUACCCAAAGGAGGCCAUUGUCUGCAAGAAGCUACAGUACAGAGAGUUAUGGUGCCUCCCAAACCAGGCCAGUUUCAGCUAGGCCUACUAUGGCAGCUCUUUUGGAAAAAAUACCAUCUGACUAUAACUUGGGUAACUAUGGUGACAAGCCAUCAGAUAACAGUGAUAUAAAGACGAGGCCUACUCCUGUGAAGGGAGAGGAGAGCUGUGGUAAAAUGCCUGCAGACUGGAGACAACAGCUGCUUAGACAUAUAGAAGCUAGAAGGUUAGACAGGACCCCGUCCCAGCAAAGCAACAUUUUAGACAAUGGACAAGAAGAUGUAUCUCCUAGUGGCCAGUGGAAUCCUUAUCCUCUUGGGAGGCGGGAUGUACCUCCGGACACCAUUACUAAAAAGGCAGGCAGCCAUAUCCAGACCUUGAUGGGGUCCCAGAGCCUUCAGCAUCGUAGCCGGGAGCAGCAGCCAUAUGAGGGAAACAUAAACAAAGUGACCAUCCAGCAGUUUCAGUCACCAUUGCCUAUUCAGAUCCCCUCUUCACAGGCCACCCGGGGACCUCAGCCCGGACGGUGCUUAAUUCAAACUAAAGGGCAAAGGAGUAUGGAUGGCUACCCAGAGCAGUUUUGUGUGAGAAUAGAAAAGAAUCCUGGCCUUGGAUUUAGUAUCAGUGGUGGAAUUAGUGGACAAGGAAAUCCAUUUAAACCUUCUGACAAGGGUAUCUUUGUUACUAGGGUUCAGCCUGAUGGACCAGCAUCCAACCUGCUGCAGCCUGGUGAUAAGAUCCUUCAGGCAAAUGGACAUAGUUUUGUACAUAUGGAACAUGAAAAAGCUGUAUUACUACUGAAGAGUUUCCAGAACACAGUAGACCUAGUUAUUCAACGUGAGCUUACUGUCUAAAUAUUUUUUAUAAAUAGUGAAGAUACGUCUAGCCAGACCUAAUGUUCAAAAAUAAAUUUAUACAUAGAGACAAAUUUUGCCAAUUGCUGGACCAAUGGCAAACAUUAGUGCCAAAUGUAUAAUACUAUAUGUUAGCACUGGUCAUCCUUAAAAAUGUUAACUAUAUAAAUAUGAUGUUCAUGUGGUUAUGUAUUAUUUUAACUGUCAGCCUCUGGCUGUGCAUUGGUGCAGUUUUGGUUUUGGUUUUUUUUUUUUUUUCAAUCAAAUAAGUUUCUUCUUGAAGUGGACUUCAUAUAAUUUCGGAGCACGGAAGCACACACAAGCUCUUUACGAAUUCUGCUCUCCAUCAGAAACACUGCCUCAAAGUUGUAUAUGCCUUUAUAUAGAAAAUACAAAUAUAAAGAAUUGUAAUUCCCAUAAAAUAUUUCUAGCACAAGGUACAUGUUGGCAUAUAUACAAAAAGAAUAUAGAGAAAAAACAAUAUUUUCAUAAACUAAACAUCUCGGAUUGAGAAAGAAAAUAUAUCUUAAAAUAAGACUUUACUAUAUUGAAUCUUUUUCAAUAAAAAUUACAAGAUAAUGCCUUAUGAAAGCAACUGUACAUAUGGUAUAAAGUGUUUAUAUUUGGUUCCAUAUUCAUUUGCUAAAUUCUCAUAACACAGAGUGAAAUAUUUCAUAAAUUAGCCAUUUAUCUCUGGGACCUGAAUAAAAAUAGGACAAACUAAUUUGUUCAAUGCCUUUAGCUAAUUACAAAACAUGCAGAGUUAAGAAACAGACUAAAGGUCAUUGUAGAUAAAUCUUUUUCACCCCAAAUGUAAGCAGUGAAUGAUGGGUGGCAGGAAAGGUGUUGCUUUAUUUCUUUCAAGUUUAUGUUGAUUAUAAACUGUAGCCCCUGUGAUUUCUUUACUUGUAAAUGUGGAAUUUAUUUGUGUGUUGCUUUAUCCAAUUUGCUACUUUUAAAUCAUUUAAAAUGAGUUUUGGGUAUUGAUAAAAUUUAUCAUUAAGAAAGACUAUUGUUAGAAAGUUAUGGUGGGUGAUAAAAAACUUUGGUAAUUAAAUAUGAAACUUCAAAUAUAACUUCUCAGA